UCACUCAAUCAAAACAUGGCCGUCUACAUCUCCACCGAACGGACCCCAACAUAAAUAUACGACGAAUAUACGCAUGUAUACACGCCUUUAUCUAUGUAUAUGUGUGUAUAUGUACUUAUGGAUAUAUGUGUAUCUUUUAGAAACAAAAUGUCAACAGAUUCUGCGAAAAGGCUCUCUCUCUGGUUGUAAAUGAUAAAUGGAGAGAGCCAUUCUGAAACAGACCCUUACACGUGUUUCGCACCCUCACAGCUCUUCUAUCGCUACUACUACUACUACUACUAUUUCUACUACAACUGCUACUAGCACCGCUACCUCACCCAGAGAUGCUUCGCGGACCAGCAUUCCUUCCAACAAGUGCAGCAUCAAGUCCCCUGGCCGUUCUUCAACCAAAAGAGCUGCAGUUGCUGCAACGUCAAGGACAGAGGAGGAGAAGCGGAAAGCGAGGGCUCCAACAGCAGCGCUCCAGAACAUCAAAGGAACACACAGCAACAGGCACCAGGCCCAACGAACUCACCACAAUGUUAAUAACCAUAGUAAUUACAGCAAUGAAGGCAGAGAUAAGGGCUGCAGUGACAACGAUGUUUAUUACGAUGACGUUGGUGAUGACAGACAAACCUGGAUGGCAGCUGCUGGAUCCCACAUAGUUGAAACCAACAGCUUUCCACAACAUGCUUUAGGCAACGGGUUUGCGACAAACUACUGUGAUCUGCAGCAAUCAGUUGUCAAUGGUGAGCCGUCAUACCUUCCGACACGAACUACAGUUGCAGCAGCAGCAGCGGUUACUUCACACGAGGCAGACCAACUGCAGCUUGUGCACCGGUUUAAGGAGCUGCGUCGUCAGCAGAUACAGCAGCAGGAGAUGCUGAUGCAUCAACAGAAACAACAGCUGAUGCUCCUCCGACAGGAAAUGGAACAACGACAGAAGGUUAUGGCCAACCUCCACGCAGAUGGUGCUGCAGCUGGUCUGAUACACCACCAUGUGAAAGCAGAAACACCCCACAGAAUUCACUUGCAUGUCCCCGCAGUGCCAUCGGCAACUUCUCUGCACUCAAAGGAUGACAUCAUAUCAAGUUCUGAAGAUGAAUACUCACCAAAUAUUGAGGAGCAGAGACUGGAUGGCUUCCACGUGUUACCUGAAGAUGCUGGGAGUGAUGACGAUCAUGAGGGCCACUGCAACCAAAUGAAUUCCCCUAGGAGGGGUGAAGCAAAUUACAUCGACCCAAACGAUGUCCCUUGCAGAGGUGAGGAGAAUCCACCUCUGCACUGGACCAGCAGCCACUGCAAUGAUGAAGUGAGGUGUCUUGAAGACACUCCUGCUUUGACCACCACUUCUGAUGAUCUUGAAUGUCUUCAGCCUAUUAGUGUAAACUACUCUAAUCUUGAUGACGAGCGACCAAUCACAUCAGAAAUUGGGCGUGUAAAGACAUUUCAGCAAUUACUCGAAGAAGAAUUACAGAAAGAGAAGCCCUCCCCUUCAUCUCUCCCAGGCAACCCAAAAAGGAAUUUCCUGCGACGUGGGGAAGGCAUCGCACGGUUCAAUCCACCGCCCAACGAGAAAUCCAUUCAGAGACAUGCACAGAGAAAAAACAAUCGAUCCAAGUCCAGUUCUGCUCCACACCGCACUUUGCCGUUGAUGCUGAAAGAUCAAAAUGUUCCUAAAAGACCUGCCUCUCAGCCAGUCUUGUCUCGAAACAAAUCAAAGGAAACAAAAAUCGAGUUUGGGAAAAAUCAGUGUAAGCCUCCGAUAUGUCCACCACCUACUAACCGUUGCCGAUCGAAAUCUGCAGCAGCCAAACCCAUGUCGUCAUCUUCCUCACAAUCUCCGUCGUUACCAUCAUCACAGAAACCACAGACGACUACAGUAAGGAUGCUGGCAACGACCCCUUUAACACCCUCCUCUCAUUGCUCAGUCGGUUCUUCACAGAAGCCACUGACAAUUACAAGAUCGGCAGCCGCAAUGUCUGGGCCCCUUUCUCAUUUAUUGAGGACCCCAGCAAUGACUGCACCCUCUAGCAUAACUGAAGGGGGCAACGGAAAUGGCACUGGUGACAUAAACGAGUUGGUAGACAUCCAGUCAUUGGUAACCACAGGUGCAGGCAUUCCUGCAAACCCUAAGGAUGUCGAGAAGAUCUUGAGGGCAAUUUACGAAGGUCAACCACUGCCAGGGGACUCUGAGCAAAAGGAGGAGGAGGAGACUGCGGGCAACGGUUCAGCCUUACUGAAUGAAAGCAUAACUAACAGUGUCGAAGUCGAAACCAAAGAUUUAGCAGAGUUUGAAUUUAUGGAACAAUUAGCCGAUGACAUGUCUUUCUGCAGCGAUUCUUCCGUUGUGGUCAAGUUCAUGCACAAACGUCUUCCAUACAAUGCUUCCAAGCUGACAGCCGCUCACACAGGUCCAACGUCCCUACCUGAUUCAUGGAGAGAAAGGAAUUCAGCACCAAGUCACCGACCAUCCGUCCAUUCUGUCAAUUCCGUCAUCUCCGCAGGCAGAGAAGACACUGAGGUGAACGGCAUCACAGAUUCUGGCUCAGACACAGAGGAGACUUUGUUCAGUUCAUCAGAGCACUGCAGCGAUGGGGACCUGGCCUACACUGGUGCCGACAGUGGGGAAGACGGUGGGUGUGACGGCAAAAUAUUUUGGACAGGGGAGGAAGUUACAAAUGACGGGUAUGUCAGUAAAAAAGACUAUAACAGCCGUGACGGUGAUACUCAAAUGAACGGUGUUGUAGAGUAUCAAGAAUCUGACAGUGAAGAAAGAGGUGUCAGUUUGGGUCGGCCAGUUGAUGCCACGACAACAGGAUUUGGGUCCACAUUCAGGACUGGGACCAUCCAGAAUAAAAUUGACACCUUGUUCCUGGACUCUUCGCCAAAAAGUCAAAGGGAUCGGGAACGAGGGCAAAGGUCAACACAGCAAGUAGAGGUAAUUAGAGCAGUUGGUGGGAUGGGAUUGGGGGUGUCAUCAGUGACAGCGACGGCUGCGUCAGAAACGGGUGUCACUUGCAGACAGCGUCAGCAUCGGACUCAAGCCAGCGGCAAGGAUUCUGGCAGCCACACUAUGGGUCAUUCUGAAGUCAAGGUUGCAGUCAUCCCAUUGACGGCGAGAGGAGUCACACGGAAAAUUGCCGUGAAAGACGGUGGCAGCCAUCGGUCAGUUAGGGGUGGAUACAUGGAGAAAAGGGUAGGUACUGAGGAGGUGCAUGAGUAUUCGGUUGGGACCGACACUACCAGAAGCAUGACGUGUGGUGGCAGUGGGGAGAGUUUGGGUGGCAGCAGGGGUGGUGGGGGUGGCGUGAAGGGGAAGGGGAAAGAUGAAGAGUCAGGGUCAGCUAGGUCUUCGGAUUUCUGUUCGUCAGACGAAUGCAUGACUGAUGAGGAUGGCACCGUGGUGGUGGUGAGAGAAGCAAGGAGUACCAACAACAGCAACGGCAGGAACUCGGCGGAGCGCUGCAACGACGUCCGCGACAGCUUUGCCGCCGCCGGCGUCCGGGGUAGAGUCACCGGUGCGAGCAACGAUUCGCCGUCCCCUUCGGACGAGUCUGACCGCUGCCACACCGACGAGGAUAGUGGCAGCGAAAACAACGACAACAGCUAUAAAAGAAAUGAUGACGGUGAUAGUGAUGACGACGACGAUGAGGAUGAUGAUGAGGAUGAUGAGGAUGGUGAUGAAGACAGUAAGAGCAGCAAUGAUGAUGCAGAUACUUGGAAUGACACAUGCGAUUCCGUGAAGAAGAUUGAAGAAUCAUUGUUCCAGAAAAGUCUCAGUAACAAACAAGAUCCAGCUAACGUGGUCUUGCAAGUGGAGCCAGCAGGUGGUAAAUUAUCAUCACCAUCAUCAUCGGUAUCAGCACCACCAACAUCGAAUCUUAUUAGUAAGCUGUUUCCUGCUCUUCAGACCAAAUCUCAAAACAGCACCAAAGAAGAUGAAAAACAGUCACAGCAGCAAAUGGCAACACAGGCCCCUGCACGAGAAGGCUCCCAAUCUCAGUUGUUGAGAGAAAAACUUGCACAAUUAGAGAAAGAGAUAACACGAUUUCAAAAGGAGAACUCCAGUUUAGAAAAACUUCGGGUAGAACGGGAAGAGAGUGUGAAGAAGCUGAGAGAGGAAGUUGCCAAAUUUGAUUUGGUGAAGAAGGAUGAACUGCAGAAACUUGAAGAAUUCAAAGAACAAGAACUGAAGAAACUAAGAAAUGAGAAAAAACUAUUUGAAAAGUACAAGAAAGCUGUCCGUUCUUUGCCCAGUAAAAAGACAGACAAGAGAUUGAAACACUGACUCAAAGAUCUGCAGGAAGAGAUGAAACGGAAGGAAUCCCGAUGGAAUGCCAACAACAACCGUCUCCGGCAGAGAAUCCAGGAACUGGAAGACGAGACUCAUCAGCUGAAAGAUGAGAUUCAUUUCAUGGAGAGGAAGAGGCUGGAAUGGAUGAAGGAGAAAGAAGCCAUGAACCAAGCAAAGAAGAAGUCCAUUCCACCAAUUUCUCAUACACCAAGUCUUAGCCUUUCCACUCUAAAUUCUUCAUAUGAUUCCCAAACAGAAGACGAGGCCAUACUGGAGCAUGUGGAGGUUGUCAGAAAUGGAACGUUGCCGUCAUCGUCGAAAAAUGACCCUCACUCCGGAAGACGGAGGCAGCAGUCAGGAUUGAACCAGCACCAACACCACUCACAGCAGCAGCAGCAAGCCAGUGAAGCAUCGUCCAAUAAAGCACCGCGUUCCUCCUCAGAGGCGUUACCAAGGCGACCGAAUGCUACUUCAGCAGCACCCCAAGAUUUGAGCGUCCCUUCAAAAAUGGACUUCAACAGAAACCAUUUGGAAGUUGAAAGAGAAGAAGAGAACAAGAAGAAGAAGAAGAAAAAUGACAACAGCAACAAAAACAAUACAAAGAAGAUUUCACUGAAGCAUCCUGGGAUUGUUAAGGGGAAUGUUCUGGAAAAGAUGCAACACCCAGAUGGGAAGACGGAAAAAGUUUACCAAAAUGGAGCUCGUGAACUAAUUUUCUCCAACGGAACCCGAAAAGAAAUGUCUGCAGAUGGCAAACACAUAGCCCUUCACUUCUUCAACGGUGACAUCAAACAGAUCACUGCAGAUCAAACAGUGAUCUACUUCUAUGCUGAAUCAGAAACUCUGGUGACCACCUACCCUGAUGGACUGGAAGUGUUGGAGUUUCCCACGGGCCAGAUUGAGAAGCACUUCCCAAAUGGUACACAGCAGAUAACUUUUCCGGAUCAAACCGUUAAAUACCUGCAAGAGGACGGCUCCGAAGAAAGUCACUGCCUUGAUGGGACCGUGAUCAAAGUGGAAGCCAACGGCAUACGCACCCUGCAUUUCCCCAACGGUCAACGAGAGAUACACACCGACCAGUUUAAGAGACGGGAGUACCCAGAUGGUACCCGCAAGACCAUCUACCCAGACGGACGCCAAGAAACAAAGUUCGCCAAUGGACAUGUACGCAUUAAGGACCGCGAUGGCAACGUGCUCAUGGAUAAGAAGCUGUAGCCCACUAAUCCAUCUCUCCCCUCACUUCUGGCCUUGCGAUUGGCAUACAAUGAUCCUUUGCAGCCGACUGAAGCGUAACCGCCAUCACCUCCCUCCCUCCCUCUCUGUGGGCAGCAGACUGAGGUUUCUGCUAGCAAUGAUGUGUGACCACUGACAAGUGAAAUAUAAGUUUGUGUAUGUGUGCUUGUGUAUACUCAUGGAUAUAUAUAUACAUAUGUAUAUAUAUAUAUAUAUAUAUAUAUAUAUAUAUAUAUAUAUAUAUAAA